AUGGCGACCUCAGUACGCAAUAGUCAAACGUUCAACCUUUCUGAUGGCAGAGUCCUGGGUUUUGCAGAAUAUGGCAAACCGGACGGUAAUCCACUCCUGUAUUUCCAUGGCUAUCCCUCCUCCCGCCUUGAAGCCAGUGUAACCGAUCAGAUCGGCCGGCGUCUUGGUGUGCGGAUUCUAGCGCUCGACCGGCCGGGAUUUGGUCUCUCGACGCCUCAGCCUGACCGCCGUAUACUCGACUGGCCUACUGACGUCCAAGAGUUCGCCAAGGGUCAAAACCUCUCUGAAUUUGCGGUUCUUGGUUUAUCUGGAGGCGGACCGUUUGCCUUAGCUUGUGGGCACUUGCUACCACGGAGUAUGGUCACUGGGGUGGGCUUGUUUGCCUCAGGGCCGCCUUGGGUUGCGGAUCCUUCCCAGAUGUCGUACAUGCACCGAGUCACGAGGCUUGCUGCGAAUACUUGGCCUAGUGGAUUGCGAGUGUUUUUGAAUGCUACUGUUGGGCUUGUGAAAUGGAUCCUCGAAACCAGAAUGAUCUCCCGGUGGAUCGACCGGUGGCUACACGAACAGGAUCGGAAGAAGGAGGAGGCCAACUCCGCCGGAAAUGAUGAUGCUCCAAGUGCCGCUCCGUUGAGAAGACCUACGAGCGAGAGAAGACAGGAUUUGGUACGACUGGUGAUCGGUGAGCCCUUUGUGCAAGGCGCUGAAGCGGCAGUGCAUGAGGCAAGAUUGUUGUCGUCAGAUGAUUGGGGCUUUCAAUUCGAAGACGUCCAAUAUGACCCGAUCUGGAUCUGGCAUGGUGCGCAGGACGCCAACGCGCCUGUUGGGAUGAUCCGAUACUUGGCGGAACGAUUACCACAUAGCAAGCUCCGGGUUUUUGAGGGUGACACGCAUUAUACCAUGUUCAAGCAUUUCGAGGGUGCCGUAUCAGAUCUGUUGAAUAUCGCUGGUCGCGAAGAACCCUCAUCGAACACAUCCAUUGCAACGGCGGAGUGA